UUAAUUUAGGGAGGGAGCACACCCUGAAACUGAAUUUCCUGGGAGUUGUUGAACUUCCUUUUCUGUGGAAAACCCCUCUGAUGCAGCGUUCUGCGCAAGCCCUAAGCGCGCGCACACCCGGCCAAAGCUGUCUGCCUCCCUCGAUGUUGUCUAAGAGUCGCCCUGGCAAAGGAGCAGGAAGCUACCCAGGUGGGCAGGGUCACCCAUCCAGGAGCGUUGACAGGUGUGCGCCGCGGCCAAUGGGCUGCGCCUGAGCUCAGCUCCGAUCACCAAUGGCGUCCUGCCUUCCCGGAGGACCAAUGAGAGCAGCCUCUGAGCCUUCAAGUGAGCGGAGUUGCCAGGCCGGAGCGCUGUAGUCCCUUGCAGGGCGAAAGAGACGGACGGUUUCUUCCUCCUCCAGGGAUCAUUUCUGGGGGGCAGGGUGGAGAGCUCUGCAAAGGAGGCACGCUGCUCAGGGAAGGAAUGCUGACGGUCUUUUGGCGGCUAAAUAGCGGGGGUUGCUCUCCGGUUAUUUCUUUGGCUGGAGCGAAAUGAUGAGGGUGCUUCUAUGAGCCCCUUUUCUUUUGAACCCCGCGGGUGCCUUUGAUCGCCGGCUGGGAUGGAGAAAUCCAAGAAUUUCCGCAUUGACGCGCUGCUGGCCGUGGAUCCUCCCAAGGCGGCGUCCUCGACGGCUCAGACUUCGCCUCUGGCUCUAGUCACCUCGCUAUCCGGCCACGCCAGCUCCGCUAGCAGCAGCAGCAGCUCGAGCUCCAGCGGCAGUCCGCCCUCUUCGGCCGAUCCUCACACGGGCGGCUCCUCGGAUUGCCUGCGGACGGAGAGCCCGUCGCCGCCUCGGAUCCUCAGUGCGCACUGCGGGUUGGUGCCCAAACCGGGCUUUCUCGCUGGCGGCGGCGGCGGCGGCGGCGGCGGCGGAGGAGGAGGAGGCGGGGGGCACCAUCACCACCCGCACCAUCACCCCCACUCCCACCACCCCCACUCCCACCCCCACUCCGCCCUGGGACUGCACCCCGCGGCGGCGCCAGGCGGGGCCGGCCUCCACCCCACCCAGGCCGUCCUCUACGGGCACCCCAUGUACAGCUACCCGGCGGCCGCGGCGGCACUGGCCUCCCAGCACCCGGCCCUCUCCUACUCCUACUCGCAGGUCCAGCCUUCGCACCCGGCGGCCGAUCCCAUCAAGCUCAGCGCCGGCACUUUCCAGCUGGACCAGUGGCUCCGAGCCUCCACCGCAGGCAUGAUCCUGCCAAAAAUGCCGGACUUCAACUCCCAAGCACAGUCCAACCUGCUGGGCAAGUGCCGGCGGCCCCGCACGGCCUUCACCAGCCAGCAGCUGCUGGAGCUGGAGCAUCAGUUCAAGCUGAACAAGUACCUGUCCCGGCCGAAGCGCUUCGAGGUGGCCACCUCCCUCAUGCUCACCGAGACGCAGGUGAAGAUCUGGUUCCAGAACCGGCGCAUGAAGUGGAAACGGAGCAAGAAGGCCAAAGAGCAGGCGGCACAGGAGGCUGAGAAGCAGAAAGCAGGAAAUAUUGGGGAGGACCAAGUGGGGGACGAGGUACCGCUGCCUGCUGGGGGACCAGAGAAAAGCAACGGAGGACGCUGCUUGCAGGAGCUCAGGGACAGUGACAGGGAGGAAGAAGAAGAGGAAGAGGAGGAGGAGGAGGAAGAAGAGGAGGAUCAGCCUGGACACUGCUGCCCCUGUGGCUCUCCUGACUACUCUGAUGGGGAUGAGGAUGGGAGGCAGCCCCAUGGCAGGCAAGGCCCCCCCCACCCACAAUUACCCCCUGCCUCAGCUCCAUGAACACUUGGAUCCCAGAGCCAAAAGCCACCUUCCUUCGCUGGUUCACAAGAGGAACCUCCCCCAACCCCAGAUGUUUGCUCCUUGCUGUCUAAGCUGGUGCCUUCCAGCUGUCUUGCUCUACGGCUCCCAUCCACCCUGGCCAGCACAGCAGGAUCUUACUGGGGCCAGUGAGAGAGUGACUGGGGUGGAUGGGAGCUGUAGAGCAAGACAGCUGGACGGUAGCAGGUUGGGGGAGGCUGGUUUAAAGCCAUGUGCUCUCAGUGCCCAACCUGACUCUACUGGCCCUCUGUCAGCUGCUCCAUGACUCACAAUGAUUGUCCAAGGUACCAAACCCUGCUCACUCCACAUUCCCCAGUCUCCAGCCUCUAGCUCAGCCAUAUCACAUGGGAGCUUUGUUAUCACAUUCUUAGUAUUUUUAUUUAAUGAAUGUAUACCCUGCUCUUUGAGAGCUUGUUCAUAUACAGCAAUAUUUAAGUCACAACAGUAUUGAAAAUGUAUAAUAAAGAAAGUGUUCAUUCCCUGACUACACUGAAACAAAUUUUACUGACAGCUGGCAAUGAAGUGAUAAAAAUCCAAGCGUGAUUGUACGAAUCAGAGCUGUUUCAAGUGGAAACAUGGAGCCUUUAAGUAAAAUAGGGUUGGCAAUUCAAGAGCUUCUGCUUUCUCUGCCUGUGGCUUGGCCUCCCCACUUUCAAAGCCCCGGCCUGCUCUCCCUCCAGCACCCUUUUAGCUCCAUCUUUGCUACUUUCAAUGAAUGGGGGUUCAUUGUAGUAGUUGGUAGGAAGGUGAAGUUGCCAGCUCUCUGUUUCCACCAAAGUAAAAGAGCCUGCCUCCGGACCUGGUAAUGCUUCUCAGGACAUUUCAGCUCACGAGCCACAACCAAUGGAUAAAACCACAAGGCAUAUACUGGUGGCUGAUGGCUUGAUGUCAGUGGUGCAGUGGAAUAUGCUCUGGGUUUUAGUCUGAACUUUCAAGGAGCUGUCCAACCUUGGACAUCUCCUUGAAAGUUUAGACUAAAAUCCAGGGCGGAUUCCACUGGUGAUUUGGAACCACCAGCGGACCCUGCAGGUAAUAUUAAAAAUUUGAGCUGUCUCCUUCCUCCGUUGCUAUUUAACAGUUCCCUGUUCCACUCAGCAGAAACUAUGUCAAAUACUGAACCACAGUAUUAAAAUAUGACACUGGAAAUUUGAUUUCUUCCUCUUGGACACUGUACCCUUUCUCUUCAACAGUAUUGAGAGUUUUUGUGCUUAAUCUAUAGCAAGCAAUCUGGGAAACCUGACACGAAGCUUGGAACUGUUGGGAACCUCGGGAGGACAGUAUUGUCUUUAUUUUUGUACCUUGUAUUUAUAAAAAGAGAAAAAUAUCUCUACUUAUGCAUGCUAAGUUAUUAAUUGGCUUCUCCCAAUGUCCCACCGGUUAUGUAAAAUAAACAGUUUUGUAUUUGA